GCGCGUGCGUCCGCGCUCACGUGCGUGUGUCAGGUAGACGUCACUCUGGCGUCGGGAGCGCGCUCGCGUCGCGCCACACUUCCUCAAAAAGAAUCACAGUGAAAAAAAGAAGGCGACGAGAAAGAAAGAAAGAAAGAAAGAAGAAAGAAAGAAAAAGAAAAAGAGAAAGAGAACAACUGCGGUCCGUGCGUCGGUGAAGGACAAACGGACAGUUUGCUGGACGAGGUUUGGCCUGUCCGUGGCUCCAGCUGACUGCCACCAUGCCCCCUUUCUUGAGAAUCGCCUUCAACUCUUUCGACCUGGGUGCUCUGGCCCCUCUGACUGACCCUCCUUUCUGCGCAAUCAAGAUGAAGGAGGCUUUGACCACCGAACGAGGUAAGACUCUAGUUCAGAGGAAACCCACUAUGUAUCCUGCCUGGAAAGCCAGUUUCGACGCACAUAUCUACGAGGGCCGUGUACUUGAGUUGUUACUGAUGAAGACGGCAGAGGAACCGCUGGCGGAGGUCACGGUUGGCGUGUCUGUGCUUGCUGAACGCUGCAAGAAAGCCAACGGGCGUGCUGAAUUCUGGGUGGACCUACAGCCUUCUGGGAAAGUAAUGAUGGCAGUGCAGUACUUUCUGGAGGGAGUGGAUUCAGAGAGCAAGCAGGCUGCAAAAGACGGAGAAGAAGCCCCAACCCUCAAUCGCAGACGAGGCGCCAUCAAGCAGGCAAAGAUCCACUUCAUCAAGAACCACGAGUUCAUUGCCACCUUCUUCAGGCAGCCCACGUUCUGCUCUGUGUGCCGAGAUUUUGUGUGGGGACUCAACAAGCAAGGGUACAAAUGCAGACAAUGCAAUGCAGCCAUCCACAAGAAAUGCAUAGAGAAAAUCAUUGGAAGAUGCACAGGCACAGCUGCAAACAGUCGGGAUACUGUGUUCCAGAAGGAGCGCUUCAACAUCGACAUGCCGCAUCGUUUCAAAAGCCACAACUACAUGAGUCCCACCUUCUGUGACCACUGCGGAAGUAUGCUUUGGGGUCUUGUCAAACAGGGCCUAAAAUGUGAAGAUUGUUCCAUGAAUGUUCACCACAAGUGUCAGGAUAAAGUGGCCAACCUGUGUGGUAUCAACCAGAAACUUUUAGCAGAAGCGCUUACACAAGUCAGCCAGAAAUCCUUCACUCGCCGCUCUGAUCCACACCUUGAUUCAAACCUACCUGAUAUUGGAAUCUACGAUGAGGUCAAUAAGCUGCCUGAACUGGAUAUCAGCAACUCAACCCACUACAGCAGAAUAUGGGAUGGCCCAAGCCCACGGCCUCAGACCCGUCUUACACACCUUACCCGCAUCAACGUGGAUAAUUUUGUCUUCCACAAGGUCCUGGGGAAAGGCAGCUUUGGCAAGGUUCUGUUGGCUGAACUGAAAGGUCGGGAGGAGUACUUUGCAGUGAAGGCCCUGAAGAAAGAUGUGGUGCUGAUGGAUGAUGAUGUGGAGUGCACGAUGGUGGAAAAGAGAGUCUUAGCUUUAGGGGAUAACCCUUUCCUCACACACCUUUACUCAACCUUCCAGACUAAAGAACAUCUGUUCUUUGUGAUGGAGUAUUUGAAUGGAGGAGACCUAAUGUUUCAUAUUCAGGAAAAAGGACGAUUUGAUCUCAGCAGAGCCACGUUCUACUCUUCGGAGAUCAUUUGUGGCCUUCAGUUCUUGCAUACCAAAGGGAUCAUCUACAGAGAUCUGAAGUUAGACAAUGUGAUGCUGACUCAUGAGGGACACAUUAAAAUAGCGGACUUUGGCAUGUGCAAGGAGAACGUCUUUGGAGAGAACCGAGCUACAACUUUCUGUGGGACACCUGACUACAUAGCCCCUGAGAUCUUGCUGGGCCAGAAAUACUCUUUCUCUGUGGACUGGUGGUCGUUUGGCGUGUUGCUGUACGAAAUGCUCGUCGGUCAGUCGCCGUUUCACGGAGACGAUGAAGACGAACUGUUUGAGUCCAUUCGCAUGGACACCCCCCACUAUCCUCGCUGGAUAAACAAGGAGGCCAAGGAGCUGCUGGAGCGGUUGUUUGAAAGAGAUCCCACACGUAGGCUAGGGGUCAUGGGGAAUAUCCGAUUACACUCUUUCUUUAAGUCUAUUGACUGGCAAGCCUUGGAAAACAGGGAGGUGGAGCCGCCCUUCAAGCCCAAAGUGAGAGCACCGAAUGAUUGCAGCAACUUUGAUCGGGAGUUCCUGAGCGAGAAGCCUCGCCUGUCCCACAGUGACAAGAACUUCAUAGACUCCAUGGACCAGUCGCCAUUUGCUGGCUUUUCUUUCAUGAACCCCAAGAUGGAACUCCUCUUAGAAAAAUAAUUCUUCAUUGAACAGUGAGACUAAUUUUGAUGUACCGGUCACUUAUUAUACAGUGAAGAAAUUAAGUAUUUGAACACCCUGCUAUAUUGCAAGUUCUCCCACUUAGAAAUCAUGGAGGGGUCGGAAAUUUUCAUCGUAGGUGCAUGUCCACUGUGACAGAGAUAAUCUAAAAAGAAAAAUCCAGAAAUCACAAUGUAUGAUUUUUUUUUUUUUUUUUUACGAUUUGUUUGUGUGACACAGCUGCAAAUAAGUAUUUGAACACCUGAUAAAACCAAUGUUAAUAUUUGGUACAGUAGCCUUUGUUUGCAAUUACAGAGGUCAAACGUUUCCUGUAGUUGUUCACCAAGUUUGCACACACUGCAGGGGGGAUUUUGGCCUACUCCUCCACACAGAUCUUCUCUAGAUCAGACAGGUUUCUGGGCUGUCGCUGAGAAACACGGAGUUUCAGCUCCUGCCAAAGAUUUUUCUAUUGCGUUUAGGUCUGAAGACUAGCUAGGCCAUGCCAGAACCUUGAUUUGCUUCUUACGGAGCCACUCCUUGGUUUUCCUGGCUGUGUGCUUCGGGUCAUUGUCAUGUUGAAAGACUCAGCAACGACGUAUCUUCAAUGCUCCGACUGAGGGAAAGAGGUUGUUCCCCAAAAUCUCACAAUACAUGUCCGCGGUCAUCCUCUCCUUAAUACAGUGCAGUCGUCCUGUCCCAUGUGCAGAAAAACACCCCCAAAGCAUGAUGCUACCACCCCAGUGCUUCACAGUAGGGAUGGUGUUUUUGGGGUGGAACUCAUCAUUCGUUUUCCUCCAAACACGGUUAGUGGAAUUAUGACCAAAAAACUUUCUCCAUUGACUCCUCUGUAUCAUCCAAAUGGUCACUGGCAAACUUAAGACGGGCCUUGACAUGUGCUUAUUUAAGCAGGGGAACCUUCUGCGCCAUGCAUGAUUUCAAACCAUGACGUCUUAGUGUAUUACCAACAGUCACCUUGGAAACGGUGGUCCCAGCUCUUUUCAGGUCAUUGACCAAGUCCUGUCCUGUAGUCCUGGUCUGAUUUCUCACCUUUCUAAGGACCAUUGAGACCCCAUGAGGUGAUAUUUUGCAUGGGGCUCCACUCCAAUUGAGAUUGACUGUCAUGUUUAGCUUCUUCCAUUUUCUAAUGAUUGCUCCAACAGUGGACCUUUUUUCACCAGGCUGCGUGGCAAUUUCUCCGUAGCCCUUUCCAGCCGUGUGGAGUUGUACAAUUUUGUCUCUGGUGUCUUUGGACAGCUCUUUGGUCUUGGCCAUGUUACAAGUUUGAGUCUUACUGUUUGUAUGGGUUGGACAGGUGUCUUUAUGCAGCGAACGACCUCACACAGGUGCAUCUGAUUCAGGAUAGUACGUGGAGUGGUGGUGGACAGGUGUUCAAAUACUUAUUUGCAGCUGUAUCACACACACAAAAAAAAAAAAUCAUUAAAAAAAUGCAUUGUGAUUUCUGGAUUUUUCUUUUUAGAUUAUCUCUCUCACAGUGGACAUGCACCUACGAUGAAAAUUUCAGACCCCUCUGUGAUUUCCAAGUGGGAGAACUUGCAAUAUAGCAGGGUGUUCAAAUACUUAUUUUCUUCAGUGUAUCGCAUGGUUAACCCUGCCAAGUCGCUGGUCCACCAGCAGUAUUUGCUUGACCUUAUUUUAAGCACAGAUUACUCUCCUGGGGUACAAGUCGAUGUUUUUUGAUCAUUUGGAGGUACUUUAGAAAAUAAGACCAUUGUGUUUGUGUACAUGUGUCUAGCUAUUGUGUAGCCUAUGAGAAAUAAUGAUAAUAGGUGGUCGGGUGAAAACUCGUACAUUCCAUUAAGUCACAACGGCCAUCUUGUGUGUGUGUUUAGUAAUUAGUUCAAACCAGCGCAUGAUUACAGUAAAUAGAUCUUUAGCCAACCUCUGUGUAUUUAGCUUGAACUGUACAUUUUAAUUAUUGUUGUUACUUCGUUUGUCACGAACAUGUACUGUAAGUGACCCACCAAUUUUCCAUAGCUGAGGUGAGGAGCCUUUAGGCAUUUGGGUUAUAUUCAAGAGCAUUUGAGAUAGCAUUUUCACGGCAUAUUCUAAAAACAAAUAAAACCUCAGCGGAACUGUUGUAAAAAAUAGAAUUGAACCAAUGAUGCUUAAAAUGUAUAUUAAACAUUUGUUUCCUCUUCACCUGGUACUUUGUAUUCACAUUAGCACAAAGUUAAUGAAUGUUACUCAACUUACGUGAAUGAAUGGAAGUAGAUGAAAUUUUGUAUAUAAACAGCGUAUGUUUGUGUCACAUACUGUAUAUUGGUACGUUGUGGAUUUUUUUUUUUUUUUAACUGUCUCCAACUUUUACAUCUAAUUAAAACAAACCCUCCAAACUACA